UUAUCGACGGCCAGUCCACGGCUGUUCACGACAGUUUGGGCGCGCUUUUGCAUCACUUUCCAUCGGUGUGUACUUGUCGCUCAAAGUGAAAAUAUGCAUUGCAUUAGAAUCUUCCCAACAUGAAGCGAAAAGAAAAAUUACCAAGUGAAACAGGCUUUGAAGGAUGGGGCGAUUACAUGGAUGCCAAAAUCGCCAAACUGGAGGACCAGUUUCGGCACAGCUCAGCAAACGUAGGCGAAAAGCAGUCGGACCUGUUCGCCGGUGUAUCGAUUUUCGUGAACGGCUACACGAACCCGUCGGCGGACGAGCUGAAGCGCCUGAUGAUGAUGCACGGCGGGGUGUUUCAUCACUACAAGCGCCCGAACACCACGUACACCAUUGCCACCAUCCUGCCCGACGUGAAGGUGCGCUCGAUUACGUCGGAAAUCAUCAUCAGCCCGCGGUGGGUGGUGGACUGCUUGAAGGAGGGCAAGCUGCUGGACUACUCCCGCUAUCUGCUGUACACGCAGCACAAGCCGUCCCAGCCGAAGCUUGCGUUCUCCAAGCUGUUGGCCCCAUCGGCAAGCCGUACGACGGAUAUAACUAAACCGGUUGUGAAGAAUGAUGGCGAUCCGAACGACAUCAGCCGUACUGAGUGUCUUAACGUGCUGGGCAUGCUGAAGAACUUUUCCAAUAUGGCACCGCAACCAACGGUUUCGUCCGAGUCGGAGGAGCAAACCAAAAACUGUGACAUUCCAGUCGACACUACACCCCCUAAGGCGGUGCCGGCAAACGUUGCCAGUUCGCCAUCAACCUCCAAUGGGCAGGAAACAUCGAGCCAGCCUUCACCCCAGUGCUCACCGGAUGUGUUUGGGGAAGAGGAUCCACCACCAGUGGAAAGCUCCGUUCAAUCCAGCGCAACAGUCAAAAGUCCACAUAAACCGACCACCUCGAAGCAGUCGCUCACAGCAACGGAUCCGAACUUUCUGGCGGAGUUUUUCAACAACUCCCGUCUCCACCACAUCGCGACGCUUGGGGCAGGCUUUAAGCAGUACGUCGCCGAGCUGCGUGAAAAGGCGACCGGUUCGUUUCCGGCUCGAGCCACGCUGGUAGAGCGUCUUUGUCGUGCCGGUGCACGAGAUCAUCCAGAAUGUGAUUUCAGCAACGAACCGAACGCCCGCUACAUCAUGCACAUCGAUAUGGAUUGCUUUUUCGUGUCGGUCGGUUUGCGUAAGUAUCCGCACCUUCGAGGACUCCCGGUAGCUGUGACACAUUCCCGCGGUUCCGAGGCACGCGUCCCUUCCCAUCCCGGACAGAACCGUGCGCUAGAGAUCGAGCUGUACCACAAGCGGCUGGAGGAGCGGUACAAAGCACCGGACAUACCGAUCGAAUCACGCCUGGCCGCGAUCGACGAGCACAAUUCGCUCUCCGAAAUUGCAUCCUGCAGCUACGAGGCACGCCGGUGUGGCGUUAAGAACGGCAUGUUUGUCGGUGCCGCGCUGAAGCUAUGUCCCGAGCUGAAAACCAUUCCGUACGACUUCGACGGCUACCGGGAGGUGGCACAGCAGCUGUACGAUACAAUUGCGCGCUACACGCUCGACAUAGAGGCCGUGAGUUGCGAUGAAAUGUUUGUUGAUUUGACGGAACUGCUGCAAUCGACUGGGGUAGGCGUGAUGGAGUUUGUGACGUACGUGCGGAACGAAAUAUCGACCGCGACCGGGUGUGACUGUUCGGCGGGCAUCGGUGCAAACCGGCUGCAGGCAAGGAUGGCCACCAAGCGGGCCAAACCGAACGGACAGUAUCACCUUGUGCCGGGCGCAGUGGAGGAGUACAUGAAGGUGAUCCCGAUUGCCGAACUGCCGGGCGUGGGGCCGAGCACUUCGCAUCGGUUGAAGAAGAUGACGUACGUCACGUGUGCCGAUCUGCAAACCAUCCCCAAGAACGUGCUACAGACGGAGUUUGGCAAAAAGUUCGGCGAAACGCUGUACAACGCUUGCCGUGGAAUCGACGAGCGGCCGCUAGUGUACGAUCGGGGCCGAAAAUCGGUGUCGGUCGAUGUUAACUAUGGCAUACGGUUCAGCACCGAGCAGGAGGUGGACCGGUUCAUGCGCCAGCUGACGGAGGAAAUCCAUCGCCGGUUGGUGGAGCUACGUCAGCGAGGCAAGCUCGUUACCGUCAAGCUGCUCGUUCGGUCGCCCGAGGCGCCAGUAGAGACGGCAAAGUUUAUGGGCCACGGGCUGUGCGAUGUGGUGACCAAGUCACAGCCACUCCGCCAGCACACGGACGAUCGUGGCAUGAUCGAAGGUGCUGUACUGGGGUUGAUGCGAACGCUUGCAAUUGCACCGUCCGAGCUGAGGGGGAUUGGAAUACAAAUUUCCAAAUUCGAGGGAACGAAGCAUCCGGCCAGCAGCGAGGCUGGUAACCGACUGAAGAGCAUGUUUCAGAAAGUGGAAGACAAGAGGAAGCCCGUGGAAGAAACGGUAACGAUGGUUACCAACGAUGGAGCAAUGGUGGCGGAAAGCAGUAGACAGCAGCAUGGCGCAUUUUAUCAACCCGACGACCAGCAGCCUUGUACUUCUAGAAGUAACAGCGCCGUGCAAGCGAUUCCACCGGCGGUGCGGCAAUCUUAUAUCACUCCAACGAAAUCCGACUACAGUCCGAUUAUUUCCCCGAAACGAACGGAUAAUGCAACGUAUUCCCCUAGCAGAAAAGCUGCCGGUGCAUCAAAGCCAAGCACCAGAGGCCGCCGUGGAAGACCACCCAAAUGGGCUUCAUUGUCGGGGCGAAAGGACCCAGCCAAAACGACACAAAGUGUUGGCGUGAUGAGGAAAUUUUUAAUCGGUGCGGCCGGAUCAUCCAGCAGUGGCGGUAGCGAACUGCCUGCCGGGCUUGAUCCGGAAGUGUUGGCUGCCCUUCCCGAGGACAUCCGCGAAGAAGCGAUACGCGACUACCGCCGACAGCAGCAGCAGCAGCAGCAGCAAUUGCUAGCGACGAAUAAUCGACUUCAGCCUCCAGUAGAAAAGACACCAGUGAAGGUAUCGCCGGCGAGGGACACAGCUCGCCGUGUGUGGCAAUCGCCGGUCACUCCACAGCACACGGCCAGCGCCGACACGGAAUCGGACCAGAAAAUUAAAGUCGAUCUUAAAUUUCUACAAGCCCUUCCGCUGCACCUGCGCCUCGAGGUUGAGAAACAGAUCGAACUGAACAAGGACAACAUGGUAGUUACGUGCAACGAGCCAGAGUUCGAGGAACCGCUGCUAGUAACACCCGACAGCAGUCCAGCGAAGGAGCUGCGAACACCGACCAAAGCAGUAGUGAUGGCUGCUGUACCGGAUGUCGCAUCCGGUGAACCAUCACGAGAUCCCAACAUUCUGCGGCGCAAGAAUUGGCGCGAACUGGUGGAAGAAUGGAUCAACAGUGCCGAGGAACCGUACGAGUACGAUGUGCUGCUACUGGCAGAGAAUGGGCUGGAGCUGUUGAGCGAUAACAAGUCGUUGGAUCAGUUGUAUUUAUUUUUACGCUACUUGCAUCGGCUGGUGAAGCAGACGGCCAGCUGUUUCUGGCAUCGUGCGUACUGCAGUGUCGUUCGGCCGAUUCAGGAGCAGAUGCUCACGAUGUACGGGAGAAGGCUGGCCGUGCCGGGGAAUAUCGAUUGUGAAUUGUGCAAUAAAAAGGAUUAGCUUAUAGUAGA